UAUACUGCCGGGAAGGUUGAGAGAGAGGCUGUGAGAGGCUGAUGGCAGAGAACGCGACGUAGAGAGAAUGUCCGUUACUCUACAAUUUUUGUUAAUUAUUCUGUAAGCGUUAAGUCUUAUUGUAUCGACAUGCUAUCAUUAGGAUGUCUGCUUUGCUACGGAUUAUUACUGAUUAUAAUCACUUUGAUUUUGCUUUGCAUAAUAGUGCACAUGACGAGUCAGCAAUAUCCAAACAUCUGGAGGGACAAAAGGGAAGAUUUCUUUCUCAAUACUCAGACAGCAACAAAGGAAGCAUUUCCCUCGUUAUAUGAUCCCUGGAGUGUGCACCUCAGCAUCAUUGUACCUGCUUACAAUGAAGAAAAAAGACUGCCGCCAAUGCUGGAUGAGUGUCUGGAACAUUUGGAAGAGCGUACAAAGUCUGGACUCACUUAUGAAAUAAUAAUAGUCAGUGAUGGUAGCACAGAUAAGACUGGGGAUGUGGCACAAAAUUAUGCAUCAAGAUACAGCACCAUAAGGGUGUUAAAUCUUGUUAAAAACAGGGGAAAGGGUGGUGCUGUAAGACUGGGUAUGUUGAGCGCAAGGGGCAGUGCUCUACUGUUUGCAGAUGCUGACGGCGCCACCAAAUUCGAGGAUCUAAAAAAAUUGGAUAAAAGUUUAGUAGAUGCUUUAGGAUUUGAUUAUAUGAGUAAGCCUGAAGAAACAGCGUCGUCCGACGCGGUGAUAUGUGGCUCCAGAGUGCAUUUAGAAAAAGAGGAAACUGCGAAACGAUCGUACUUCCGUCUGUUCCUCAUGCAUGGAUUUCACUUCUGCGUAUGGCUGCUGUGCGUGAGAGGCAUCAGAGAUACGCAGUGCGGAUUUAAGCUCCUGACGAGGAAAUCGGCGAGAACGAUAUUCGAAUCGUUGCACGUCGAGCGCUGGGCCUUUGACGUAGAGAUGCUUUACAUCGCGCAGGCGCUCAACAUUCCCGUAACCGAGGUGUCGGUCAACUGGACGGAGAUAGAAGGCUCCAAGAUCGUACCGUUUUGGAGCUGGCUGCAAAUGGGCAGGGACUUGUUUCUUAUCUGGCUUCGAUACAAAAUCGGCGCGUGGAAAAUAAAUAUGAAAUACAAAACAACGUAAUACCGACGCACGCAUUGUUGAUCGAGAGAAUAUUCAUCCCGAUCGGCCACCUCGCUUCCUGAUCUUUAUACAAUAUUUUUAUAACGAUAUGUUAUCGGUUAUAUUUCUACGUAUUGUAUAAUACAAGUCUGAUACAAUAAUAAUAAGCACGCAGAAUAUAUUUAAAUAUAUUAUUACAAAUAAAUACCAGAAACCUUGGUCGAAACGUCACAUGUGCAAUUGAAUAAAGUGAGCUGCCAAUUAA